GGUCAUUAAAAUGUGUUCAAAAUUUGCAAAUUCAUGACAUUCAUCUCAUCUCAUCAUUUGUAGGUUACAAUUAUCGGUAUUGGUAUCGGUACACUGGCCCUGUAUUUGCUUGGUAUCGGAUCCCAGAAUUUGCGCACAAAGCAGAUGCACACAAAGAGUUAAAAGAUAAACUCCACCCACGCCAUCGUCACUGUCGACCUCUCGCAGGUGUCACGUCCAGGUUCUUUCCACUUAACUCAGAGUCAGUGAGGUGAUUCACACAAACGCUCAAAGACUUGCCUUCCUAGUUUCCCGGAUAAGGCGUCAGUCUGGGCUUCUGUGGAAAGUUUCUCAAGUUUUACUUGUUGGACGCUGAGGAGCGAAGAAAGGAGGGAUCUCUGUGAGCGCUUCCAGCGCGGAUCACACGGAUCAGUCCGGCUCCGAGCUCCGGGAUGGCGGCCGUGAAGGCUCUGCAGCAGUGGUGCCGGAUCCAGUGUGAGGGCUACCGGGAUGUCUCCAUCACCAACAUGACCACGUCCUUCAGGGACGGACUGGCUUUCUGCGCCCUCAUCCACAAACACAGACCCGAUCUCAUCAAUUUUGAUUCGCUGAAGAAGGACGAUGUCUAUGAGAACAACAAGCUGGCGUUCAGUGUUGCAGAAGAACAACUGGGAAUUCCAGCGCUGCUGGAUGCAGAAGACAUGGUGGCACUUAAGAUUCCUGACCGCCUCAGCAUCCUGACUUAUGUCUCCCAAUACUACAACUACUUCCACGGACGCUCCCCGAUCGGUGGAAUGGCGGGAAUAAAGCGUCCAGCCGACGGCCCCAGCGAUGAGCCGUCAGGGAAGAAGAACCAGGCGGUGACGUCUAAGGUGUUUCCCUCUUCUAAGCCUGCCCGAGAGAACAGCCCUCCCCCAUCCUCCAACAUCACAAAGCCACUUCCUUCCCCAAAUCAAAACAAAACUUCAACACAGGAGGUUGUGGUUGGAAAAUCUAAGCCAGGCACCCUGAGUAGCACAUGCGCAUCCUGUAAUAAGCAUGUUCACCUGGUGCAGCGACAUCUAGUGGAUGGAAAGCUUUAUCACAGGAACUGUGCAAAGUUGCUGUCAUCUCCAAACACAAGCACGCCUCUUCAAGAUUUGACCACAAACUCCUAUGUUUCCAAAUUCACUCCUCUUACAGACCCGAGUAAAAACAGUACACCUGCUCCUACUCACACAUCCUCCAGUCUGAGUCCUUCAUGGGUGUCGGAGAAACCCACCACUCCCAAGUCCACUUCUGCGUCUCCAGCCCCCUGGGCUGCAUCAUCUAACUCUUUGGCCAGACCCGCAGCUUCACGUGACACCACUACCACUCUGACCCCAUCUAUCACCACCAGGCCGGCUGAAACUCCUCGGCCCUCGGCAACCGCUGCCAAGACACUCCAGUCCAAGCUCAAGUUCUUCCAGGAAGAUAACACAGCAAAGGUGGAGGAGAAAAAGACUUCAACCUUCAAUGUGGACAUAAACAAAGGCCAGAGUGUUGGUGGUAAGGCACCACAGGCCACGGCAGGGAAAGCUGUUACUGUGGUCGUAAAUGUCGGUGGUACUGGAAAAAAAGAAGUAAAUGAAAGUUUGGACAAAGGUGGGAAUACAGCUAAAACAACCGGCACUGGCUGGAAGGUGAAACAGGAAGACGAGAGUAAUAAAUCAAAAGCAUCAGCAGCAGCCUUCAUCUCCAAAAAACUGUCUGAGGAAAACAACAAUAACAACAAAAAGCCAUCGUGGGCGACUACAGUACUAAAUAAAACUGAGAAAUCUCAACCUAAAGUUGAGACACCAAAGAAGGAGAAAGAGGGAGCCGGAGGGAAGGUGAAGCUGAAGGUGAACCCAUCGAUCCUGUCUGACCUGCAGUUUGAAGACACCACAAACUCUUCUGAGAGCCCGGGCGGUCAGAGCGGGCUCAAGGCCAAGACUGCAGACAGGACGCCCUCGAAGACGGGCAGUACAUUACCCAACACAUCAGCAGUGAGGGAGACUGAGACUCCUUCAGACUGGAGGUCGAAGCUCAAGCCCGUCUCCAAGCCUGCUGGCCCUUCCACUAAACCAGGGUCUCAGUUUCCCAGUCGGAGUAUUUCCGUCACUCCACCGACAUCACAGGGAUUACAGGAGGGUCAGAAAGGGCAAACAAAAAAUGGCACCAAGUCAGAGACAAAGAAGAUGAAGCCAGACUACAUUCCCAAAGAGGACAUCAUGAAGGAGCUUGAGGAGAUUGAACACAAUUUAAACGAGCUGGAAAAGAGAGGAGUGGAGCUGGAGGUGAAGCUGCGCAAAUGCGAAGAAGAGGGUGACGAUGACACUCACACGGACGAGCUCAUGGUUGAGUGGUUCGGUCUGAUCAGGAACAAGCAGUUGGCCAUGCGCCGGGAGUCUGAACUGGUCUACAUUGGAAGAACCCAGGAGCUGGAGGAAGAGCAGCCCACUGUUGAGCAAGAGCUCAGGAGGCUGAUGGAAAAACCAGAACAUCUGAAAACAUCCUGGGACAGGAAGAAAGAACAGCAGCUGAUGGAGAAACUGGUGGCGAUCGUCAAUGAUAGAAACGCUAUCGUGGAGGGUCUGGAUGAGGACAGACUCAGGGAGGAAGAGGAGGACGAGCAGCUAAACAAGAUGAUGCUGGAUUUCAACAUUAAGAAGGAGAAAGAAAAACCAAAGAAGGAAAAGUCAAAGUCUCCGAUGUCCAAACUGUUCGGCUGGGGAAACAAGAAGGAAGCGUGAUACUCUGCAAAGUACCACGCUGUUGUUGCUGUUUUCUUUCAGUCUUCCUUUGAUGUUUGCGCUGCUUAACGUCAGUGUGCUCAGCCUGUGAUUUGCGGGAUAACAUGGAUGCUGCGUGCGUUUGAGUGUACAGCAUGUGUGAGCAUGUGCAAUCUGUCGUUCUCGGCGCUUGUUGAAAGAUGCCCUUCCCUCUGUCAGCUGUGUCACUCAAGAUCUGACGCUUCUCCUGCCUUACUCCACUGUAUACACACACACACACACACACACACACACACACACACACACACACACACACACACACACACACACACAGCAUCGAGGGGUUAAUGACUCACCAGUCGUGAUGUGAUUGGGUUCAAUGUUCCAGUUGUUAGUUUUAAUCCCCUUCUAGUCUUAAUCUGUCUCCUUAAUGCUGACACACACACACACACACACACACACACACACACACACACACACACACACACACACACACACACACACACUUGCUGUCUGCUUACAUCUCGCUGCUUGUGCAUCUCAUUGAAAUGUUGCUUGUAUACAGUAACACUGAUACAACUGGGAGUCAAAGCCCUUCAAACCCAUCGUGAAACAAUCCACGUCAGCAACCUCGGGGUCGCUGCCUGAGUUUGUUUACUACAUUUGGACAGUGACCACUGUGCUUCUUUAGCUAUGUCUUAAUGAUAUGUAAUGGCGUUUUCUAGAUGAGUGGUUCCCAAAGGGAGGUCAUGGGAGUUGGAGGUCUGAGUCAGAGAAGACACAGUCACUACAGAUAAAUAUGAAAGCUGUAAUGAGGGCUGCUUUUAUGGCUGAGUAGAGGGCAAGGAUGCGUGUGGUUCGCGUCAUGUGACCUGAACGUGUCAUAAAUACUCAGUCGUUUGCCUGUUUUUGGUUGUUUUUGUUUUUAUUGAGCGCAUGAAAUGCAUGAAGUGGUCCACAUUGGACCUUAAUUUGUACAUGUUUUAAUAGUUCUGAGCCAAACUGACUGUAUACUGUCUGAGUGCCAUAAAUUGAUCUAAUUCUGAAGCAACUUUUUAAUUCUUUUGUGUGUUGUGACCAGAUUGCUCCUAUCAGAACCAGAUGUUGUGUAUAUGUUUAUGUUCUCAUCCCCUUGGUGGCUGUCUGACUAUUAAAAGGAGAAACUUGCCUGGGUUUUAAAUUAAUUGCUGUUUUAAGUAUUCUUACUUUAAUAAAAAGAUGGUAAAAAUGAA